AUGUAUGUUAAGAAUUCUAUCCCAGUUAAAAGAUUAUUGGAGUACGAAGCUGUCGACAGGGAGUCGUUGUGGUUGGUGUUAAGACCCCCACGUCUUCCUCGUCAAGCUUCAUUGGUUUUGUAUGCGGUAAUUUACCACACCAUUGCCUCCAAUUCCCAGGAUGACUCUGAUUGUCUAGCCUAUAUUCAAACUAAUUUUGAUUCGUUUGUGAAUGUCCACCCUGGUGCUUUAGUUGUGAUAACGGGCAAUUUCAAUCCUAAUUUCAACAAUGUGAAUGAAAAACUUGUUAAACGUCAAACUGGACUUAAACAAUUAGUCAAAGUUAACACACAGGAUAGUGGUGUGUUAGACUGGUGUUUAGUGAACAAACAGAAUCUUUUCUCUGCGCCUACUCAAUUACCGAAGAUUGCUUCUAGUGACCACCAUACUAUAUCCAUUGUGGCGAAAAAUAACCCGCCCACUGGUACCGCUAACGCAAAACAGAAUGAUCCAGCGUUUAGGCGAGUUUUAACGCAAAGUAAUUUUCAUCGUUUUGUCCAAUGGAUGCGCUGGCGCUGUCCAUGCCUGUUUCCCCUUUAAACGGGUUAAAGCUCUGGUGUGUGACAAACGGUGGCUAACAUGUAAAUUAAAAUUUCUUAUUGGGAACAGGCAAUUCGCAUUGGCAAAAUUUGGUUGUGUGUCUGAAGAAUUUAAGUUUUGGAGAAACAGAGUCAAAAAUGACAUAAAGGUAUCGAAGGCGAAGUAUUACAGUUCGUCUGUGCAACAUCUAAGAGAAUGUAAUAUUUCUCACUGGUGGCGCCAUGUCAAUAAGUUGUCCACCCAAUGCCGGAAAAGUGAUUGGUAUCACCAAUUCAUUAACGAGGAAACCCCAUCAUUGGAUAAUUUGUGUCAAAGAAUUAACAACGCCUUUGUUAAUAUUUCAUACAACUUUUCCCCGCUCGAUCAUUGCCCGAAUAGCCCUUCUAUCCAUGUUCCUGAUGAGCUGUUAGUUCAAGUAACGAGGUCUUUUGUGAUCUAUCAUGCAUCAAAACCCGCUCAGCAAUUGGUCCUGACGAUAUACCCAGCCGUGUCCUAAAAGACUUUGCUUUCGAAUUGGCUCAAGUUUUGGCGGAUAUUUAUAAUUCCAGUAUGAAGCAAGGCGUUUUCCCUGAACAGUCGAAGGCAUCGAUCGCUAUCCAAUUACCUAUGUGUCAUCCCCCAUAA